UGGUUGCUACGCGGAAGCGUCGCCGGCUACGCCCUGGCCCUGAUUGGUUGCCGGGGAGGGGGCGGGCUCGAGAGGCGGAGGCAGCGGCGUGGGGAGCCAUGGGUCAGCCAGCCAAGGUUUUACAGCUCUUUAAAACACUGCACAGGACCAGACAACAGGUUUUUAAAAACGAUAGAAGAGCAUUAGAAGCAGCCAGAGCAAAGAUAAAUGAAGAAUUCAAAAAACACAAAAGUGAGACCUCUCCGGAGAAAAUAAAGGAGAUGAUGAAAAUAGGCUCCGAUGUUGAACUAUUGCUCAGAACAUCUGUCAUUCAAGGUAUCCACACUGACCACGACACACUGAAACUGGUUCCCAGGGAAGAUCUUCUUGUAGAAAACGUGCCCUACUGUGACGCGCCAACCCAGAAGCAGUAAAGCUGCCAGGACAAAACCAGCCUCUGCUCCUUCCCAUUUAAAAUACAUACAUGACAAAGAUCCUGGCCACGCACAUAUUUCUCUCUGAGCCACGGGCUAGGGGCUACAGAGCGCCGCAGUGUUCUGAGGACACAGCAAUACCCUCCCUUCUCACGGACAGGCAGCCCUUACAUGGAGACUGAAUGCUUGGGUGGGUGGGGCAUUCUUCUCUUUCCCUUUGGUAGGUGUUUUGGUCUUACCAAAGCUGUUUGCCAAUGAAGCACUUUCCCAACUUGGUGAUUUCCCACCCCAUGGGAAACACAACUGCUAAAUAUAAAAUGCUACACUGAAUUGGUGUUUAAUCCCCCAAGUAUUAAGUUGGUAAAAAGUUAACAUUUUUCUGCCAGCUCUCCGCCUAAAGCAGCCAUUGUGUCCAAGAGUCCUGUGGUUAUUUCUGCAGCUAACGAAGAUUAUGUAGCUUAUUUCUCUGCAUUCUUAUAGAGACAACUUUCCCCUUGUUUUAUGUGUAUGGAUGUUUUGCUUGCAUAAGUGUCCACGGUGUCUACAGAGGUCAGGAGAAGAGAUCGGGUUCCCUGGGACUGGACCUGUAGAUGGCUGUGAGCUGCCAUGUGGGUGCUGGGAAUUGAACUUAAGCUCCCUAGGACAGCAUCCAGUGCUCUAAAUCACUGAGCUACCUCUCCAGGCCCUAUAAAGACAUUUUAAACAGUCUUCUGAAGAGAGCUAGAUGAAAUGUUAAAAUCAUUUUGGGUCACUAUAGAAUAAAGACAUCCCAGCAUUUUUAGGAAGUAGUGGCCCUCUGUCAGACUACUUGUGGUCUUUGUAGAACUAGCUGUAUUUGGAUCACAGACUGUUGUGAAAUGUUAUAGAUAGCUACAUUCCCUCCUCUCUCCCUUCUUCCCCCUCUCCCUCCCUCCCUUCCUCUCUUUUCAGAUAGGAUCUCACUGUGUAGUUCUAGCCUCAAACUCUGAGAUCCACUUGAGAUGGAUUGCUGUGAGUUCGAGGACAGCCGGUCUACAAAGGGAGUCCAGGACAGCCAAGGCUACACACAAAAAAACGGUGUCUCAAAAAAACAACAAAAACAAAGCAAAGCAAAACAAAACAAAAAAGCAAGCAGGGCCUGAGAUGGCUCAGUGGUUAAGAGCUCUUGCUGCUCUUCCCUAAGACCUGAUUUCAGUUCCCAGCACCCCUGUCAGGUAGAUCACAACUAUCACUUCAGCUCCAGGGGAUCUAGUGCCCUCUGCUGGCCUCCAGAGGCACUGCAUUUACAUGUACAAACUCAAACCAACAAUAUGCACAUAUACGUAAUAAAAAUAAAGGAAUCUUGGAGCAAGAAAUCCAACUAGCAAUUCGUUUGUGUGCAUCAGUGUUUUACUGCCAUGUAUGUCAGUUCACCAUGGUGUGCCUGGUGCCCACAGGGACCAGAAAAGUGUGUCAGAUCCCUUAGAACUGAGAUGGUUGUGAGCUGCCAUGUGGGUGCUGGGAAUUGAGCCUAGGUCCUCUGGAACAGCAGCCAGUGCUCUUAAGCACUGAGCCAUCUCUCUAGGCCCUCAACCCAAUUUUUUUUUUUUAAGAUUUAUUUAUUUAUUACUUACACAGUAUUCUACCCGCGUGUGUGCCUGCAGGCCAGAAGAGGGCACCAGAUCUCGGAUGGUUAUGAGCCACCUUGUUGCUGGGAAUUGAACUCGGAACCUUUGGAAAAACAGCUAGUGCUCUUAACCUCUGAGCCAUCUCUCCAGCCCCCCUCAAAUUAGUUUUAAAAAUAAAUAUUUGAACAGAUGUCUCAUCAAAAAAGAGUCACAGGAGCUGACUUGCAAGUCUUGGAACCCACGUGAUGGAAUGAGAGAACCAAACUCAUGCACACACAAUCCUAAUUUUUAUUUUUUUAUUUUUUGGUUUUUUGAGACAGGGUUUCUUUGUGUAGCUGUCCUGUACCUCACUCUAUAGACCAGGUUGGAUUAAAACUCGCAAAGGCCUGCCCCAGCCUACUCUUAAGGCUCUGCUGGGUUUAAAGGUGUGCACCACCACUGCCUGGCUAAUUUUUUUUUCUUUUUUUAGAUUUAUGUAUUUUACUCUAUUUUAUGGAUGUUUUGCCUGUGUGCGUUUAUGUGUGCCACACGAAACUUUGUUGUAUCAUCCCCUGGGGUUGUGGAUGAUUGUCAGCCAACAUUCGGGUGUUGGGAAUUGAGCGCGGGUCCGCAAGAGCAACAAGUGCCCUUAACCACUGAGCUAUCUCUCCAGCCACACUUUUUUGUUGUUGUUUAACACUGUCAGGUACUGGAAAUUAAAAUCACAGUGACAUACUGUUAUGUGUCUAUUAGAAUGGCCAAAAUCUGGAUGGCUGACAGUUUCAAGUGUUGGCAGGGAUAAGACUUUUCUGAGACAGGCUCUCACUAUGUAGCCCUGGCUAGUCUGGAACAUAUUAUAUUUGCUUUUUGCCUUAUUUUAUCAAAUCCCUAGAUCAUCCACCAUCCUUUUGGCUCAGGACAGAUCCAAGAUUUAUUGUGAUGAUUACCUGUGUUCCGUCAUGAUUUCAGGCCAACCCUUUAAGGGUGAUGUCUCAGCAAAACAUGGCAGCAGACAGGAAACACUUGGCUAAGCCUGGUGGGGAGUGGGGGUGGGGUGAGCAUAACAUUAAAAUGACUGUUUCUACUGACCUACUUGUGACAAUCAAGUUCUACCUCCUAAAGGUUCCACACUCUUCAAAACAGCCCUACAAGUUAGGGAGAAAAAAAAAGCAUUUAAAACACAAACCUGUGGGAGGCAUCUUAGAGUCAAACUGUAACUCUGUGUGUGUGUGUGUGUGUGUGUGUGUGUGUGUGCGCGCGCGUGUGCACCUGUGAUCGCGUACAUGCACGGAAGUCAGAGAAUAACUCUGGGAGUUGGUUCUCUGGGAAUUGAACAUGGGUCAUCAGGUUGGACAGCAAGAACCUUUUUUUCUGCUGUGCCACCUCACUGAUCCACACCACAGGUAUCCUGAGUUAGAGCCGUGACGGGCUGGGGCUAUAGCUCAGCGGUACAGUACCUGUACAAUACAUACAAGGCCUGGGGGUCAGUCUCCAGUACUGCAGGAAAAACAACAGAGGAAAUAGAGUGAGGACUGACAAUUCUGUGAGAAGUCUGCGGAGGUGUGGGCUGGAAUGGCCCAGCGGGGAUUCUGUGCCUGCCUUUGUCAGGAGGCCCAAGGAUACCUGGAGAUUCCCAUACUGCUUUUCAAUAUGAAAAUUAAUUCUAGGGAUAAGGAUGUGGCUCUGUUUGCCAAACGCUUGCUUAGUGUGUAUGAAGCCCUGAGUUCUGUCCCCAGCACUGCAUAACCAAAGCGGUUCCCAGAACUGGGGGUGCUGGGGUGGGGGAGUAUUAGAGGCUUGAGGGUCAGAAGUUCAAGAUCAACCUCAGCGCUAUAGCAGGUUUGAAGCUAGCCUAUGAUGUGUGAGACCCUGUCUCAAAAAAUGAUAAUGGAAUAAUUUAUUAAAACAUUGUUUAUAAGCUAUAA